GAGUCCACCCAAAACAACCUGUAUUGACAGCAGUCUUUCCACUGUUCAAAACAGAAAGCAAAAACAACUUUUACAGUCAUCACAACAAUGGUGAAACAGUCAACAUCGCACUUCUAACUGUCAACCCAUACCAUCUCGAUUCCGAUCCAAUUUCUCGUCGGAUUUCCUCCUCCCAAGUCCGAUCGGGUCGGGUCGUAGAUCAGAGCAGAAUGGCGGGUUACAGAGCGGAAGAUGAUUACGAUUACCUUUUCAAGGUGGUUCUGAUAGGCGACUCCGGUGUGGGAAAGUCAAACUUGCUUUCCAGGUUCACCAGGAACGAGUUCAGCCUCGAGACCAAAUCAACCAUCGGCGUCGAGUUCGCCACCCGGAGCUUGACCGUUGACGGGAAAGUGAUCAAGGCUCAGAUUUGGGAUACUGCCGGCCAGGAGAGAUAUCGAGCAAUCACAAGUGCAUACUACCGCGGUGCAGUUGGCGCAUUGCUCGUGUACGAUGUGACUCGCCACUCCACAUUCGAAAGCGUGGAGAGGUGGUUGAGAGAGCUGCGGGACCACACGGACCCCAACAUAGUAGUGAUGCUAAUAGGCAACAAAUGCGAUCUCCGACAUCUGGUGGCUGUCUCGUCCGACGGUGGAGCUUCGUUCGCCGAGAGGGAGUCGCUCUACUUCAUGGAAACUUCAGCACUCGAUUCCACCAACGUGGACAGUGCGUUUACGGAAGUUCUUACUCAGAUAUAUCGGAUCGUGAGCAAGAAAGCCAUUGAGACGGGCGAUGAUGGCCCCAUGCUAAAUGUACCCUCACUGGGUGAGAAAAUCGAUGUUAGUAAAGAUGUUUCGGAUAUCAAGAAAGGUGGUUGCUGCUCCUCAUAGAUAUUAAAAGUUUUCCACUAUCGUCAUUAACAUGUUUUUUUUUACUUUGCAUUCGCUUUCGUGUUAUCCCGAAGAAUCGUCGAUUUUCAAUAUUUUUUAUAAUUUUUUUUUUGUUUUUUUUUUUUUAAUUAUUCUUUACAUUUGGUGGUUAUAUUGCUUUAAUCUGUGCUAUUUUGUAGAAGGAAUGCCAAAUAGACACUAUUGUGAUUCUAAUUUCUCUAUAUAUAUUUUUAGGUUCAUUUA